UGUGGGAGAAGGAAGAUGGCCAGAGCUUUGUGUCCACUUCAUGCCCUCUGGCUUCUGGAGUGGGUGCAGCUGCUCUUGGGACCCGGUGCUGCACCUCCAACCUGGGCCUUGAACCUGGACCCGGUGCGACUCACCUUCUACACAGGCCCCAAUGGCAGCUACUUUGGGUUUUCAUUGGACUUCUACAAGGACAGCCGUGGGAGCGUGUCCAUCGUGGUGGGCGCCCCACGGACCCUGGGCCGCAGCCAGGAGGAGACAGGCGGCGUUUUCCUGUGCCCCUGGAAGGCCGAGGGCGACCAGUGUACCUCGCUGCCCUUCGACCUCAAUGAUGAGACGCGAAGCGCAGGCACCCAAACUUUCCAAACCUUCAAGGCCCGUCAAGGACUAGGGGCGUCGGUCGUUAGUUGGAGCGACAUCGUUGUGGCCUGCGCCCCCUGGCAGCACUGGAACGUCCUGGAAAAGGCCGAGGAGGCUGAGAAGACGCCCGUAGGUGGAUGCUUCGUGGCUCAGCUGCAGAACAGCGGCCGCGCAGAGUACUCACCCUGCCGGGCCAACAUCAUGAGCCGGGUUUACCAGAAAAAUUACUUCAGCGGAGACAAGCGCUACUGUGAAGCCGGCUUCAGCUCCGUGGUCACUCAGGCUGGGGAGCUGGUGCUUGGGGCCCCUGGCGGCUACUAUUUCCUAGGUCUCCUGGCGCGGGCUCCAAUUGCCGAUAUCCUCUCGAGUUACCGCCCGGGCACCCUCUUGUGGCACGUGCCCACCCAGCAGCUCACCUUCGACUACAGCCACCCAGAGUACUUCGACGGCUACCGGGGGUACUCGGUGGCUGUAGGCGACUUCGACGGGAAUCCAAACACUACAGAGUUUGUCGUCGGUGCCCCUACCUGGAGCUGGACCCUGGGAGCGGUGGAAAUUUUGAGCUCGUACCACCAGACGCUGCACCGGCUGCAUGGAGAGCAGAUGGCUUCGUAUUUCGGGCACUCAGUGGCCGUCACUGACGUCAACAGGGACGGGAGGCAUGACCUCUUGGUGGGCGCGCCACUGUACAUGGAGAGCCGUGCUGACCGCAAGCUGGCCGAGGUGGGGCGCGUGUACUUGUUCCUGCAGACUCGAGGCCCUCACGCGCUGGGCGCCCCCAGCCUCCUGCUGACCGGCACGCAGCUCUAUGGGCGAUUUGGCUCAGCCAUCGCGCCUCUGGGCGACCUCAACCGGGAUGGCUACAACGAUGUUGCUGUGGCCGCCCCCUAUGGGGGUCCCAGCGGUCGAGGCCAAGUGUCGGUGUUCCUGGGUCAGAGUGAGGGACUUAACUCACACCCUUCCCAGGUCCUGGACAGCCCCUUCCCCACAGGCUCUGGCUUUGGCUUCUCCCUUCGAGGUGCCACAGACAUCGAUGACAAUGGAUACCCAGACCUGCUGGUGGGAGCUUACGGGGCCAACAAGGUGGUUGUGUACAGGGCUCAGCCGGUGGUGAUGGCCACUGUCCAGCUGCUGGUGCAAGAUUCGCUGAAUCCUGCUGUGAAGAAUUGUGUCCUGCCCCUGACCGAGACACCAGUGAGCUGCUUUAACAUCCAGAUGUGUGUGGGAGCCACUGGACACAACGUUCCCAAGAAGCUGCACCUAAAUGCUGAGCUGCAGCUGGACCGGCAGAAGCCCCGCCAGGGCCGGCGGGUGCUACUGCUGGCCUCUCAACAGGCGAGCACCGUCCUGGGCCUGGAUCUGAGCGGAAGGCACGGCCCCACCUGCCACACCACCAAGGCCUUCCUCCGAGAUGAGGCCGACUUCCGGGACAAGCUGAGCCCCAUCGUGCUCAGCCUCAAUGUGUCCCUGCAGCCUGAGAAGGAUGGACUAGCCCCUGCUCUCAUGUUGCACGGAGACACCCACAUCCAGGAACAGACCCGCAUCAUUCUGGACUGUGGGGAAGACGACCUGUGUGUGCCACAGCUCCAGCUCACUGCCAGCGUGACAGGCUCCCCGCUCCUCAUUGGAGCCGAUAACGUGCUGGAGCUGCAGAUGGAAGCGGCCAACGAGGGUGAGGGAGCCUACGAGGCCGAGCUGGCCGUGCACCUGCCUCCAGGCGCACACUACAUGCGGGCCCUCAGCAACAUCGAGGGCUUUGAGAGGAUCAUCUGUAACCAGAAGAGGGAGAAUGAGACCAAGGUGGUGCUGUGUGAGCUGGGCAACCCCAUGAAGAGGAACGCCCAGAUAGGAAUCACGAUGUUAGUGAGUGUGGGGAACCUGGAAGAGGCUGGGGAGCACGUGUCCUUCCGGCUGCAGAUCAGGAGCAAGAACAGCCAGAAUCCAAACAGUGAGAUGGUGAUGCUGGCUGUGCCAGUUCGGGCAGAGGCCCAUGUGGAGCUGAGAGGGAACUCCUUUCCAGCCUCCCUGGUGGUGGCAGCAGAAGAAAGCAAGAGAGAGAACGGCUCGGACAGCUGGGGCCCCAAAGUGGAGCACACCUACGAGCUCCACAACAACGGCCCUGGUGCUGUAAACGGCCUCCGCCUCAACCUCCGCCUCCCCGGCCAGUCCCAGCCCUCCGACCUUCUCUACAUCCUGGAUAUACAGCCCCGGGGAGGCCUUCAAUGCUCCCCACAACCAUCUCCCAACCCCCUCAAGCUGGACUGGGGGCUGCCCACCUCCAGCCCUUCCCAGGCCUAUCACAAGCGGGACCGCAGACAGGCGCUCCUGCCGGAGCAGGAGCAGCCCUCGAGGCUUCAAGGUCCAGUUUUUGUGAGCUGCGAUUCGGCGCCCUGUACUGUGGUGCAGUGUGAGCUGCAGGAGAUGGCGCGCGGGCAGCGGGUCAUGGUCACGGUGCUGGCCUUCCUGUCGCUGCCCAGCCUCCGAAAGAGGCCCCUGGAUCAGUUUGUGCUGCAGUCGCACGCUUGGUUCAACGUCUCCUCCCUUCCCUACGCCGUGCCCGCCCUCAGCCUGCCCAGCGGGGAAGCUCUGGUGCAGACACAGCUGCUUCGGGUCUUGGAGGAGAGAGACAUGCCGAUCUGGUGGGUGCUGCUAGGCGUGCUGGGUGGCCUGCUGUUGCUCACGUUCCUGGUCCUGGCCAUGUGGAAGGUUGGCUUCUUCAAGCGGAAUCGGCCACCCUUACAAGAAGAUGACGAAGAGGAGUGAUGAGCCCAUGCAUCUCUGUCCUAGCAGGAAGGCUGGGGGUGAUGCCUGCUCUGUCCCUUCUUCUCCAGCAAGUACCCCCAGCUCUGGUCACCCAUGGGUUGGAGCUGUUUCAUGGCGGCUCCUGAUUCCCUUCCCCCCCCAUCAGAGCCAGGUCAGCCCUUUCCUGCUGCCUAAUAAAGAGGUUGAGUCCCAA